AUGAAAUUAAAUGAUGGCAGCGAAACAUCAAUAGGAAAAAUGUCGGGAAAUUUUGAGGAGUUAAAUGUGUGUAUCUCGGUGCCGAAUAUCAAUUGAGUACCGUCAUAUUUCAAAAUUGCCUUGAAUACUACUCAUAAGGGACAUAUUUAAAAUGGCUUCCCUUACUCAGAAAGGUAGUAGUAAACUAAAAAAGAAACAUUUCAAGCCAAAAUACCAGAAAGCGAAGUUGUUUAGGGCUAAUGAACCCUUGCUCAGUGUGUUCAUGUGGGGCAUCAAUCAUACAAUAAAUGAAUUGACUCACGUAAAUGUACCUGUGAUGCUUCUUCCUGAUGAUUUUAAAGCUUUCAGUAAAAUUAAAGUUGAUAAUCAUCAUUUUAACAAAGAGAGCAUGCCAAGUCAUUUUAAAGUCAAAGAGUAUUGCCCCUUAGUGUUCAGGAAUUUAAGAGAGCGUUUCAGCAUAGAUGAUGUAGAUUACAUGAAUUCUCUCACAAAGUCACAGCCCAUUGCUGUGGACUACCCUGGCCGAAGUGGUGCAAAAUUUUACGAGUCCUACGAUCGAUUUUUUAUCAUGAAAACGCUUCAGAGUGAAGAGGUUGAACAAAUGCAUAGCUUACUGAAGCAGUAUCAUCCUUAUAUAGUGGAAAGGCAUGGCAAAACUCUGUUACCUCAAUAUUUAGGGAUGUACAGAUUAACAGUUGAAGGAGCAGAGACUUACAUCGUCGUUAUGCGGAAUAUCUUUACUACACGCUUGAAGAUCCAUAAGAAAUAUGAUUUGAAAGGUUCUACAGUUGAUAGAGAAGCAAGUGAGAAAGAAAAAGAAAAGGAUAUCCCGGUAUUGAAGGACAAUGAUUUUGUUAAAGAUGGAUGCAAAAUGUAUAUUGGAUCAGAAGCCAAAGAAAAAAUCCUUGAUAUGUUGAGUGCUGAUUCUAUGUUUCUCUCCUCCAUGAAUUUGAUGGACUACUCAGUAGUUGUGGGUAUCCAUGAUUGUGAACGCAGCGAACAGGAUGCUUUGGAAAAAGAAAAAGUUGAUUCAGAUGCAGAAGGUAGUGGUGAAAAUGGACCUGGUUCGGAAGAAGAUGAAGAUUCUGCAGGAAGUGGCAUUGGAGGUGCCGCACCUACUCCUCCAGAUUCACCACGCGCUAACCGAGAAGUUUCAUUAAAUGGAGAUGGCCUUAAUCCUGCUAGAGACAUUUAUGCAACGCCAAGUUCUGAAAGUGCCCCAAAGAAAGAAAUUUAUUUCUUAGCAUUAGUUGAUGUUUUAACUCAUUAUGGUAUGAAAAAGAGGACAGCACAGGCAGCCAAAGCAGUUAAACAUGGAACCAAUGCAGAAAUCUCUACGGUUCACCCUGAGCAAUAUGCAAAAAGGCUUGUUGAUUUCAUAGCAAAAGCAAUGGAAUAGAGGUGUACAACCUAGAAUAUGACUGUUAAAUCUAUUAUAGUAUUUAAUGAUGUGCCAUUCCAUAAUAUGGAUUGCAAAACACUGUGUAUAUUGUGGCAUUGUAGAAUUACCUGGUGAUUAAAUUAUGAGGUUAGUUGCCUACCAUCUUGGAGUUACCUCAGUACAUCACCAGGUUGCAUGAGCCAAUGUUCUUUUGUAUUCCUGUAUGUGAUUAUUUGUUUUGAAUUGUUUGAGUGUUUGUUAAAAUACUUGUAUAUCUUUUAUUUUUCUUUUUUGAGUGAAUUUUUCUAGUUUAUUUUCUCCAUUGUAUCUGUUUUUACCUGAUGCAAAUAAGUGUAGCACUAUUUAACAUACAGUAUUGCUUGUGUUAUUAAAUCUGUGAGGUAAUACUGUCUGUUUUAUUUUCUCCAGAAUGUUUUAAUCUUUGUAACAUAUAUGUACACAUUUUUGUUCUCAAGUAAAUGAAAUUCUUUCAGCACUUAAUAAAAAUUUUACUAUAAAUAUGCCCAUGCUUAAGAAUUAAAAUAUCAGGCGAAAAUAUUGACUAAGUUUAAAAGUGAUAAAUAUUUUAGUGCUGGUUAUUUAAUUAAAAAAAAAUAUUUCAAAAGUUCAUCGAGUUUUCCAUCUUUAAAAAAAUAGAAAUACUAAAAAAUCUCCUGUAAACUUUUUAUCAAGUAUAUCUUUUAUUUUAUUAGUGUACAGUUAAACCUCAUUAAAAGGUCACACUUAGGACCAGAAAAUAUGACUUAUUAUUUAGAGUUGCCUGUAAUCUGUAGUUAUAAAAGUAGACUUUUUCGGUGUAAAAGAGAAAACUAUAUAUUAAAAAAAUAAAUGAAUAAAACAAAAUUACAAAUUCUAUCCCUUAUUAAAUAUUAAAAAUAUGUUUUAACUCAUUUAUAUCAAGGAACAAUAUAAGAAAUUAGCACCAUGUGAUUAUGAAUAAAAAAAUAUAAUUGAACCUCCCUAUAGGAAAUACUCAUGGGACCAUGGUUUUGUCCAUUAUCAUGGAGUAUCUGCUAAAUGGGAGUGCAUUGGUCUUCUGCUUUGAAGGUCUCAGUUACUGAGAACUGCCCAUUAAUGGAGGUUUAAGCGUAUUUUGAAACUGAUGUUUGAUUUGUUAGCUACUGAUACUUGCACUAAAUUUGCUGCAAACAUUUAUGGUCUUCUGAUAUUUUUUCUUCAGUAGUUUACAUAGAUUUCUUAACAAUGUCCAAAUGCUCCAAAAACAACCUUUUUUGGUUGUUGCUUUUUGAAAAAUUUCCUUGCAAUCACUUUCAGAAAUUUCAUAUUCACUAAAUUUCUUCCCCAAGCAAUAAAACGUUGACUAUUUUGGGGGAAAUUUGCUAAGUCUAGAAAAAUUUGAAUAAGUUUAUUUCCUAAUUGGCAAUUAAGUAAUGGGAUUAUAAUGAGAGCUACUGUGGAAUUUGGAAAACAUGUAUAUUUUCUUAGGGAAAUAAAGUAGCUCAUAUUCUUUUGCCGUCUUCCUUGGCAAAUUGCAACUGAUUUGAUAGUUAGAACAUAUAUUAUUGUUCAUAGUUAGAUUCAAGUUAUGUGAAGGUUGUUCAUAUCUGGAAGAAAAAAAAAAUAGAUGGAAAAGAACUUGUUUUUCAUCCAGAGAGGGGGAAAAAUAUAUUUUCUUCACACCAUGUAUUUGAAUGUGACCUGAUAGUGGGCAUCAGCAUAUCAAAAGUGGCAUCAUAACCAGUAUACAUUUCAUGGAAAUGAAAUAUAAAUUUGUCAGUAUUUAAAAAAAAAGAAAAAGAAAAAACUGAUCCUCAUAAAUGGAAUGACAUUAUCUUUUUGAUGAGGCUGACUGUACCUGUUAUGGCAAAACUAACUUUUGUCUCAUGUUUAAACUUUACCACUCAAAAGGACAUUAUUUAAUGCUAAAAAAGAAUAUAAUGUAUGUGUAUUUUCAUUGGAAAUUUGGUAUGAUCUUAUUAUAUUUUGUCAUUUUUAUGUACAUCAUACAUAAUUACAGCUCAAAUUGGAUAUAUUUUUCUUAAUGCUUAAAAAAAUUUUCUUUAUUGGAUAAGUAAAUCAAAAUAUUUUCAAAGUGUAUUUAGUUCCUAAAAUGUUAGUCUUUUUUUAAUGUAAAUUGUUUGUUUUCAGAGCUUAAUUUUAUUUUACCACUUGUUUAUGGCCUUUUGUGCAAUUGAAAUUCAUCAUACUUCCCAUAAUAUUCUAAAAAAUAGAUGUAAUCAGUUGUAGACUUAACAAUGCAUAAUUAUUUCCUUCUAAAAAUUGCUUUUUGAAAAUUUUAUCAGUAAUGUUAGUAUGCUGUGCUUUUAACACAAAAUAAACAUUUAAAUUUAUAAUAAAUAACUAAUAAAAGCUUAAAUGUUUAUUUAAUAAUUAUUUUUUUCAUGCUCCAUACUGGAGCUGAUGUAAAAGGCUGAUUGUUGAUUUAAAUUCUGAACAGUAAUUGUAUUUAAUAUUUUGUAUAUAAGUUUUAUAUUAAUUUAUUUGUUUCAAGAUAUAUAUUUCAUUAAUUAGGAAAUAAUAUUAGUAAAUUUUAUUACUUGAGAUAAAUUCUAUAGUUUCUUUUGCUUCAUGAAGAAAAUUUGUAAAAAUAAUGUAAUUUUCAUAACUGAAUUAAGCAUUUACUGUAUAAAAGAUGUAUUUGAUCGUUCUCAGAUUCAUGUAUUGUGAAUUGGAUAUAUAUUUUUAAAACAUGGUUUAAAAUACCUUAAAGGAAAUAACUUCUUGUCAUAAUUAUGCAAUCAAUGUUUCUACCUUCUGUUGUAGAAAAAUAUCUGCACAGUGCCUUGUAAAGCUCAUACAAAAAGAAAUGUGUGAUUUUAAUUUGAUUUUUUAGAAAUAUAUUUUGACAUGUCAUUGUGAUCAUGAAAUAGCUCAGAAAUAAGAAGAUAUUUAAUGUCCCCUCCCCCCAAAAAAGUUUUUUCAAAGCACAUAAAUUAAGAAUGCAUAUUAGUAUUGAGAUCUAUGUCCACUUACGCACAGAAUCUGUUCUUUCUGAGCCAGGGGAUCUAUUUUAAUUUUUAUUUUACUAAUUUUUAGCUUCUUGUUCAUUUCUUUUUCCUUUUCUUCUCUUUUUUUUUUUUUUUUUUUUUUUAAAUAAAACUGUAGGUAACAGUAUUUUAAAAUGCAUAUUUUUGCUUUCAACUGGUACUGCAGUGUAUUAUUCAUUCACGAAUAAAAAAUGUGACUUUUUUUUUAAAAUUUUUAUUUAUUAAAAAAAUUACGUAGAUUCAAUUUUUUUCAAUAUUACACAAUUUAAAAUUUGUGUGUUCAUCUUAAAUGAUUGCUUGAUUAUGUUCUGUUGAUAGUUUGACUACCAUAUCAAGAACUUUCAAUUAAAUAUUUCAAUUUGAAGCUGUCAUCAUGAAUUCAUAAUAUUUUUGUAUCAAAUAUUAAUGCAAUUUUAGUGGUAGAACUUAGGUAAGCAUAUCCACUCCAAAAGCAAUUUAGGUAGAUUGUGUCGUGUAUGAAUAUGUAGAUAAGUUAGCAAAAAAUUUAAACCAUUGAUAAAACUAAAAACAUUGUAAAAGAUAUGUGCAGGCAGAAAUAUUAUGUCAUCUUCUUGGUUAUUUUAAUUUAGAUAGUUUCAAGUUGUUUUGUUUUAGACUUUCAUACGGGUGGGGGGGGGGAGAAAUCAAGAUUAUGAAUAUUCAAACUCUUUAUUACAUAAUUCUUAUAGUAAAUUUAAAAAAAUAACUCUUCAAAAAGGAAAACUAUUGGUUUAUUUGAAAUAAUUCUGACUUUCUGUCUAAUUAAUGUAAACACUUGAAAAUAUUUUAUUUUUAAUGUAAAAGUAUACCACAGAUUGUUUCAUCAGUCUUCAGCUAUGUUUUAUACCUUUGUCAGCUCUUAAUUAAUAGAUAUAUGUGUUAUUUUUUAAUCUAUGAUAAUUUUUAGCUGUAAUUAUGACAUAGGAACAAAAGACAAAAGCAAAAUGUAUAUUAUUAACAAAAUAGCUAUUAUUGAGUGCUAAUUUUGCCAAUCUGUAAAACAUUUUGAAAGUUUUGAAAGUUAAUAAUUAUACUGAUAAAACUUGAUGUAAUUACAAGUCAAAGCUUUUCAAAAUUUUGCUGAGAACUAAAAAAGUAAAAGUAUAUAUAUAUAUAUAUAUAUAUAUAUAUACUUUUUUAGUUCUCGGUAAUAUAUAUAUAUAUACAUUUUUUUUUUCAUUUAUAUGUUGAGAAAGAUUGCUUAUCAAAAAUAUUUGCUUACAAUAUAUUUGUCUUUCAUAUACAUUUAACUAUGAAACAGUGCCUAAGGUAUUGUUCUUUAAGUAUAAAAACUUUAUAAAUAAGUAAGUUUCCACUAUAUGACUGAAGAUUUCCCAGCUUUCACCUUAAAUGCAUUUCUUCUAUUUUUUCUUUCUCUCGCUGAGUUUGUAAAACAUGCUGAACUGUCACUACUUUCCCCCUCUUAAGUUUGAAUAAUCUAUAUAUGCUUAUAAAACUAAAAACAUGUUUUGCUUGAAUUUAUAAUCCCCCCUUCUUUUAAAAAAAGUCUGAAUUUUUUAUCUAUUAGUCUUUAAAACAACAUCUAUAACUCUGUGUGACUAAGAAGCAGAUUUUGCCAUUCUUUACAUUUUUUAAAAUUAAGUUAUUUACUAUCUUCCCUUCCUUGUUAAAUAUAUCAUUUAUAUUUUAUAUCACUGAAGGAAAAUAUACAUCUAGAUUGCUUAAUAGAGAAUUCUAAAUGUUGAAUGAAUACAAGUAAUUUGUGUAAUAGCAAUAGCAGAAUUUAGGUGUAAUAUAUUAAAUUCUUAAUUAUAGCCGAAAAGUUUUGAAAUUGUGAUGCAGUGUGAAAAGCUUGUAAUAAUUUUAAUGUACUUUUUAGGUAUGUUUGCAUUAAGAACUUGUAAAUUGCUCUUUAAAGUGUCUCUCCUUCCCUUAUUUUUUGAGGGGGGGGAGAGAAAUAGCCUGUUACCUUUCUGCCUUAUUUAAAUUAUUUUCUGCAUUAAUGGAAACAAAACAACUGUUGUUAUGUCCCUUAAAUGUGUCAAAUGAUGUAUUUGAAUAUAAGUUAAAAUAAUUUAGGUGUAAAAAAUCACCUUAACUAUGCAUUAGAUUUGCUAUUUUAACUAUGCAAUGCUAUAUUUAAUAGUUUAAAAAGUGCAAUUUUUAAGAUCGAUCAUGUGUGAAAUUGUAAUCUUUUUAUUGUUGUAUGCAUUAUAUUAUAAAAAUAUUUUAAUAUUAUAUGAGCUAUUUUAUAAAUAAGUGAACUUGUUGAUUGUGAUUCCGGUAGUGGGUUUUAUUUGAUUUAGUCUCGUGUUUUUGAAGCAACAAUCGCAGAGAUACACAAUUCCUGAAACUCCUUUUCUGUAAAAAGUUCUUCUGUUUGGCUGUGAUGCUAUGAAGGAAUUGUAUUUUGCUUUUUAUCAUGUAAUGAUCAAUUGUCCUUGAUUUUCUUUCUCAAACAGUUAUAACUGUGACACUUUUUAGCAGCCAGUAGAUGAGGAUAGGGCUGCAGUUAUCAAGAAAAGAAUCAAUAAAAUCUUUCCAACUGGCCUUGAGCAUGAAAGAGUUCAAUGGUGAUGGAAACUAUUGCUGCAUUCAUUCACAUUUGAGGAUCAAAUAUGAAUGAAUGCAGCAAUAGUUUCCAUUUGAGGAUCAAAUGUGAAUGAAUGCAGCAAUAGCAAUUUGAGGCUUGUGAAUUAAAUAGAUGACUAACCAUUCACAGCAAGCAAAUGUAUCAAUAAAUGCAAUUGAUUUUUCUUCAUAUAUCAAAACUGCAGGUUCAGUCCACUUAUUUAUCAGACAUUCUUUAAACAGUAUUAUUCUUUUUAUGACAGCAUUCUUGUCCCUAUGGAUGUAAUUAGAUGUAUAAUAGAAGUAAUACUUCCCUUAACAACUAACACUUUAAGGAGAAAAUGUCUGCAGGCAGAUUUUUCUGAUUUGGAUAUAUGCAAAUUUUGCUGCUAUGCAUGACAUUAUGUGGAAGAAAAAAAAGGUGUUGUCUUUUCUGCUGAGAAAGAGUAGUUAUGCCUAAACAAUCUAUGCAUGAAAUUUUGAGUCAUCAGUGUUUUGUAUUCCUUAUGUAAAUGUCUAUUGCUCUCUUGUGAUAUAUGCUGUAUAUAUUAAGCUUAGGAAGUUAGUUUCAUGUUUUAUGUACAAAAAUUUGUUAAUUGGCCAACUUCUAUUAGACAGUUUUUUGAUUGCAAGGUGUCCCUAUAAAUUUGGACAUAUUUAAAAAAGCUGUAUAAAAUCAAAGUGAUGUAUUGUGCACGCAAAGACAGUUUUUUGAUUGCAAGGUGUCCCUAUAAAUUUGGACAUAUUUAAAAAAGUUGUAUAAAAUCAACAAAGUGAUGUAUUGUGCACUCACAGUGUUGCUAUUGCAAGUUUCUACCUGGGGAAUCUUAAAAAUUCAUGAAAAGUAAGCGAAAUGAAAAUUGGUAUAAAAAACUAAUCCCAGGAAAUGGAAAGAGAACAAUAAAAACUAAUUUUUUCCAUAAAGCUAGGGAAAAAUAGAUCCAACUUUUGUCGAAUUAUAAAAAAAAAAAAAAAAAAAAAAAAAAAAAAAAAAAAAUUUAUAUAGUAUGCAGUAAAUAAAAACUACUUUACAUAAAAUGAAAACAAGAGAAUAGUAAUUGUAAUCUCUCUCUCUCUCUCUCUUUUUUUUUUUUUCUGUGUGUGUAUAGAAGAUGUUUAUCCGCUUCAUAUUGGAUACAGUUUUAUCAAUCCUUGUCUGUUUUCUCAACUGGCAUGUGAACUGUUGUUCAUGCUUCCGUUCAGAAGGCUCAGGUGCUGGGCACUUCAGCAGGCUCCUAGGCUGGGACAGCCACAUCCUGUGCAGAAUUCAUUGUAGAUAGGCAUAUCUUUCCUGGCAUAACAUAUUGGAGAGUAUAAUUGAGGAAGAAUGAAUUUUUCCUCAAGAGAAUUCAGUGGUUGUUGUAUCAUGGCAUAGGUAAAGAUAAGCAAUUCCGAACGAUAGUCAAUUCAUGAGCCUUGCGUACAUACAAAUCGUAAAGUCAGAACGUCCGUCAAGAGAGAUAAGCGUAACAGUUACUGCUUCGACAUCCGGCGCUCAAAUGAGUGAGAAACAGGUAGCAGGGCAGGUCCAUGGCUGGAUGGGAGGAGCUACUGGUCAUGUGAUCCAAUGGGUGUCCUGGAAAGAGAGUGCAUUUUCUUGCUCGACAGGCAUUGGUGUGGGCAAAUUUUAAAGUUUUAACUUAGUUGAAAUCCUGAGUACAUUUAUUUGAUAUAAUAAAAGAAAGUUAUCAAGUUACAAUACAAUAAUGAGAAGUAAAAGGGAUCCUGGACUGAAAUAAGUUGGCCUAAUUUUAAUGCGUUCUGAACUAAGUAUUAAAAUAAGAUAUAUACAAGGUGUUGGUGAAAUGAAUUAGUGAUUCUUAUUCUGAAAGACAGAUGGCGACACAUGAGCGUGUGCUUUUAAGAGUUGCAUACGGAAAUGAAACCGUUCAAUUACUUCUGUCUUCAGAUAUAUAAUUGUCCUCCCUCCCAAAAAAUAUAGCCAAGAAACCAUUACUGUAUGUGGUUUCACUUUGUAAUAAACAACUAUAGUAAUAAAUUAUUCUUUUUUUUUCUCCCCAGUAUACUUCAAUUCUAAGCUCUUCAGGUAUGCUUUGAAGCAUUUAAUGUCAAGAAUGGUGCAUAUUGUUGCAAUAAUAAUGGUGCAGUAUUACCCUAUAAAUUUGACUAAAUUUGUGGUUAUUUAUAUUGGGGGGGGGUAUUAGCCUCUGUAAGAAGUCUUUAGGUGCAUAAUACUCAAAUUUAUGGGACACUCUGUAUAUUCUUUCAUUUUAUUGUUUUAUGCAACAAGUUUAUUCUUAUUAUGCAGUUGUUUAUGAAAUGUAGAUAGAUAACAAAUAAAUUAAAUAUUUAGUGAUACUUUCCUAGCAAUCAGUGGUAAUUUAAGAAGCAACAAAUCCAAAAUUCAAAUGUUGUUAUUUUAGAAAUAUUUCAUAAUUAUAAAUUACUGUUUAUCUGAAAUUGAACACUUGUAGUCUAAUUGUAUACUACUUGUUGAUUAUUGUAGUAAUUCUCUGUAAGAAAGGACUUAUUCCACUAAUAUUCAUUGCAGAUUUAGUGUAAAUGUCUUGGUACAGAUGUUUGUAUGUGAUUUUGUAUUAUAAUCUAUUUUUUGAAAUUGAUUGUUUUGUGAAAAUAUACAUAGACAACAUUAGUGUCUUUUUUACAUUUUGCACAUAAUUUUUUUACAGUGUCAUAUUAAAUAUGUACUAGUGGCUCUGAAUGAAAUGUUGGAGUUUUCAUUUUACAGAUGGUUUAAAUAUACAGAAUUGAGUAAUAUUUAAAACAUUUUUGGUAAAAAUUUAAUAGUGAUUGUUUCACUUUUUGUUGUUGUCUGUUGAUGUUUUUAAUAUUCUUCCAUUAAAGUUCUGUAAUAUUUAGCCUGCUUUUGUGAGAUUAUAUUAUCACACAGCAGUUACUGUACAUAAAAAGUAUUGCAUAUUGGAAUUGGCAAAAUUUUGAAACUUAUCACGAUCAGUGUUACUUUGUGAAAUAUUUUAAUGCAAUAAAUGUGUUUGGUGUGGUUUUA